CCCUUCAAGUACUCAUGAAGAUGAGCAACUCAAAAUAAAUUCGCGUUCUUCUAAAGUGACCAAGAAAGCAAGAACCUACGUGACAUUAGCAUGUACAAAUUGUCGUAGCAAAAAAGAAAAAUGUUCUGGCGAAGAAAGAUGUUCAAAUUGUUGUAAACGUGAUAGAAUAUGUAUAUAUGAGAAAUCAGAUAAAAAACGAGGACCCAAACCUAAACAAAACAUUCCACCUACACUUCCAACUAUUAUUACACCUAAAAUUUUUAAUUUAUUGAACCACCCCGUCGUAUCUUGUCAAUAG